AUGACCGACCAAUCUCGCAAAGCUUGGGUAACUCUCUUGACCAACCCAAGCUAUCUCGCAGGGGCCGUCAUCUUGUAUCGAACGCUUCGAGCCGUUUCCCAAUACCCCCUCAUCAUCAUGGCAACGGAUGCCCUUCCAGAUUCAAGCAUAGCUUUGCUUGAAUACUACGGCCUCCAAGUUCUCAAAGUGCCUCAUCUCACACCCGCUGAUGGGCAACAUCCCGGUUUCGAUCCUACUUUCGUACGUUUGAACGACGCCUGGACCAAAUUACAAGUCUUCGGGUUAACCUCUUACGACCGCCUCAUUCUCAUCGAUUGCGACAUGGUCUUUCUUCGUUCCAUGGAUGAAGUCUUUGACAUGGAGCUUCCCGGUCCAGAUUGGAUUGCAGCUGCUCCAGCAUGCGUGUGCAACCCUUUCAAGAUUGCGCAUUAUCCGGCCGACUGGAUUCCAGCAAACUGCUCGUUGACAAAGCAGAUCCCAAAGACACCUCUGUACUCGCCGACCAUCCCAUCGCUGGACGGUCCACGUACUAGUCACUUGCUUAACUCGGGAAUGGUCCUUUUGACUCCCUCCUCGUCCACGAUGGCGGCUAUUCAACAUUUCCUCGAUACCUCCCCCACAGUCGCGAAAGCUUCAUUUGCGGAUCAAGAUGUGAUUGCCGAGUUCUUCAAAGGCCGCUGGCGACCGUUGCCUUGGUGGGCAAAUGCCCUCAAGCCUCAACGUGCUGUCCAUGCAGACCUCUGGGAAGAUACUGAAGCCCGUUUGGUUCAUUACAUGUAA